CUCACGGAGUUCGUAGAAAGUGUCGAAAGUUAGUAGUGUAUCGGAAAUUAGCCAGGUGAGCACUGUGUUCUGAUUAAAAGAGACUUGGGCACGUGACUUGGCUAGAAAAAGUUACAGAGGUCGAUUUUGGUGCAUUGGAAUGAGACUUUAGCGGAAACUCUAGUUAUCGGCAAACAGUUUAUGUUUCGUUUAAAGCAAAAACGGAUGCAGUGUAAAUGUUUGAAGUAAAGUGAACUUUGAUACAGUGUAUAACAAGGCAUUCAAGUGGUUAGCCCCAAUCCGCCAAAAUGUGUGACGACGAUGUUGCUGCUCUGGUCGUUGACAAUGGUUCCGGCAUGUGCAAAGCUGGUUUCGCUGGAGAUGAUGCCCCGCGUGCUGUGUUUCCCUCGAUUGUCGGCAGACCGCGUCAUCAGGGCGUGAUGGUUGGCAUGGGUCAAAAAGAUUCAUAUGUCGGCGAUGAAGCCCAGAGCAAGCGUGGUAUCCUUACGCUAAAGUAUCCGAUCGAACAUGGUAUCAUUACCAACUGGGACGACAUGGAGAAAAUUUGGCACCAUACGUUCUACAACGAGCUACGGGUGGCACCCGAAGAGCAUCCAGUUCUGCUAACCGAGGCUCCUCUGAAUCCGAAAGCUAACCGCGAGAAGAUGACUCAAAUCAUGUUCGAAACGUUCAACUCCCCGGCUAUGUACGUGGCCAUUCAGGCUGUACUGUCAUUGUACGCUUCCGGUCGUACCACCGGUAUCGUGCUAGACUCUGGCGAUGGCGUUUCUCACACUGUUCCAAUCUAUGAAGGUUAUGCUCUUCCACAUGCCAUCCUCCGUUUAGAUCUGGCCGGUCGUGAUUUAACCGAUUAUCUGAUGAAAAUUUUAACCGAACGUGGUUACUCAUUCACGACUACGGCUGAGCGCGAAAUCGUUCGUGACAUCAAAGAAAAACUCUGUUAUGUUGCUUUGGAUUUUGAGCAAGAGAUGGCUACCGCCGCCGCAUCAACAGCUCUUGAAAAGUCUUACGAGCUUCCUGAUGGACAGGUUAUUACGAUUGGUAAUGAACGAUUCCGCUGCCCAGAAUCUCUCUUUCAACCAUCGUUCCUCGGAAUGGAAUCGUGCGGUAUUCAUGAAACUGUUUACAACUCGAUAAUGAAGUGCGAUGUUGACAUCCGUAAGGAUCUAUACGCUAAUAUUGUUAUGUCCGGUGGUACUACUAUGUAUCCAGGAAUUGCUGAUCGCAUGCAGAAGGAAAUAACCGCUCUUGCUCCAUCCACAAUCAAAAUCAAGAUAAUCGCUCCACCAGAACGCAAAUAUUCUGUAUGGAUUGGUGGCUCUAUCCUAGCUUCACUAUCAACCUUCCAACAAAUGUGGAUUUCCAAGCAAGAGUAUGACGAGUCCGGUCCUGGAAUUGUUCACCGCAAGUGCUUCUAGACAUCACGUCCAGCUGCAGCAUUCGUCGUUAUUACUAGCGUUAAAAGUGCAAGUUAUUUGCCAAAGAAUCAAUCUUCUGUUCGAAUACAUCGAAUCGUCUCAAGACUGUCAUGCUCACUGCGCUUUAGUACUUACGCUCUACUCCUAUGUUAAGAAUUUAAGUAUUUUUUUGUCGUUUUAUUUGCGCAUCACUUCAUUUGAAUAGACUCGAAUAUCGAAUUUUGUUCCAGUAACUAUUUUACAGUUGUCUUAUUUAUUGGAGUGAAAU